AAGCCAACAGAAGCUGCGCAGUAGGCCAGUGCGCAGCUUGACUGUUAUCACAACAGAUCAGACUUUGGCCGGAGAAAGUGAAGUUCUUCACUUCGUAGCAAAUCUUUCAGUUUAUUCACGGUUUUUAAGGUGUUUUAUCUUUGGAGUUUGUCAGCGUUUCUUCCAGGAUGGUUAAAGUGUCUUUUAACUCCGCCUUGGCCCAGAAGGAUGUGAAAAAGGACGCCGAAACUCUUAUUCCCGAAGAGGACAAAGAUGUGGAGGCCGUCCCCCUGCGGCGUCCUCAGUCACGGGCCUGGUGCUGGUGCAUGUGUUUGGGUCUGGCCCUCAUGCUGUCAGGGGUCGUUGUGGGAGGAGCCUACCUGUACCGCUACUACAUCCUGGAGCAUGGUCAGGUGUUUGUGUGCGGAAUGAACUACCGUGAGGAAGACUACAUGAUGCAAGAGGAAGAUGAGAUGGAGCUGGAGCUUCCCCACAAGAUGCCCCUGUGGCGACUGGAGCAGAGGAUCGAGGUCCUGGAGUCGGAGCAGGUGGCGCUCAUCAACGUUCCUGUGCCCGAGUUCGGAGAGGGAGACCCGGCCAAAAUCGUGCACGACUUCCAGAGGAACAUGACGGCCUACCUGGAUCUGAGUCUGAACAAAUGCUACGUCAUCCCGCUCAAUACCUCCAUCGUGAUGCCCCCCCGAACCUUACUGGAGCUGCUCAACAACGUUAAGGCCGGCACCUACCUGCCUCAGUCGUACCUGAUGCACGAGGAGAUGAUAGUGACGGAGCGUCUGGAGGACGUGCAGCAGCUCGGAAACUUCAUCUACAACCUGUGCCGCUGGAAGGAUACCUUCAAGCUGCAGCACCGCGACCGCAUCUAUGGUCUGCAGAAGCGUGAGGCUCUGAACUGCCAUAAGAUCCGUCACUUUGAGAGCCAGGUGGUGGUGGAGACGUUGAUCUGCGAGGCCUGAGCUGUGUGUGUUUUUAAUCCUUUAUUUCCUCUUCUUAGAGAGGGAGGGAGAGGGAGAGGGAGGGGGAGGGAGAGAGAGAGAGAGAGAGAGAGAGAGUUUUAAAAAAAAAAAGGUGUAUUUUUUUUCCACUUUUCUGUACGGGGAUCUCCUGGGAACCUUUUCAUAAAAUAAUCAAAAAAAAUCUGCUAAAUUUUUGUAAUCCAAAUAACUGCGAUUGUAGCAUGUGUUUAAAUAGGCCAGGGGUAGAUGUGGGAGGAUUUAGAGAGCCUGGUGUGUGCAGCAGGGAGACGCUUCCUGUUCCUGUGAGAGCUAUUCAUACUCUUCAGCUGUUCUUCAGAGCGUUCCUCUGGUUCUAAACACGACAUCACAGCAGAGCUUCCACGUCUUCUCCUCAGAGGGUCAUCCAUCUUUUCUGUGUCGUUUGUUUUGGAUAACUCUUCUUGUACUCAUUUGUGUAUAUGACCUCUUUAAAGAUAGGACCAAACCAACACAAUAAAAACAACAGGAAAACAAA